AUGUUUGGCAUUUUCGUCUCUGUCCUCUUCCUAUGUCUACUUUUCUGCUUCUUGAAUUCAAUUCCACGGAAAUUUAGGAAAUCCCACAAGUUCUUAGGCCAUGGUCCGACUUCAUACCCAAUGAUUGGAUGUAUGAUCUCUUUCUACAAGAAUCGACACCGUCUAUUGGACUGGUACACCGAUCUCCUCUCCUGUGCACCCACACAGACGAUCUCAGUAUCCCGACUCGGUGCUCGACGUGUCAUUGUUACAGCAAACCCUAAAAAUGUAGAAUACAUUUUGAAAAAAAACUUUCACAACUUCCCAAAAGGCAAACCCUUCCAAGAAAUUCUCGACGAUUUUCUUGGAAAUGGUAUAUUCAAUGUGGAUGGAGAUCUUUGGUACAACCAGAGGAAGCUAGCCAGCCAAGAAUUCUCUGCCAAAUCCUUGAGGGAUUAUGUUGUAAAUUCUCUCAAAGAAAAAGUAGACAAAAAAUUACUUCCAUUGCUGGAAUCAGUGGCAAAUGACACUAAAAAAACAUUGGAUAUGCAGGAUUUGUUAAGAAGGGUCACAUUCGAUGUUGUCUGUAAAGUUUCAUUAGGGUAUGAUCCAUGUUCUCUGGAUCAUUAUUUUCUGCAAGAUUCAUCUCCCCUUGUUGAAGCCUUUGACAUGGCAUCAGAGAUAUGUGCAAGAAGAGGUGCUGCACCAAUGUCUGCCUUAUGGAAGGUCAAGAAAUUCUUUGGGGUCGGGUCAGAAAAGAGACUUAAAGAAGCCAUUGUGCGAAUCCACAUAUUCGUGGAAGAUAUAAUUCAUGACAAGAAGAAAAAAUUGAGUGAAAGUAGAGGAGGAGGAGGAGGAGAUGAGCAAGAUCUUUUAUCAAAAAUGAUAUCAGGUGGCAAUGAGGAAGAUUUUACAAGAGACACGUUGAUAAGCUUCAUCAUGGCAGGGAGGGACACCACAUCGGCGGCAAUGACGUGGCUCUUUUUUCUAUUUUCAUGCCAUUCCGAUGUCGAACAAGAGGUGUUGAAGGAAUUAGGGUUUGUUGUUGACAAUGAUAAUGAAAAGUUAUCACAAUAUGAGAACUUGAAAGAAUUGAGAUUCUUAAAGGCUUGCAUUUGUGAGUCAAUGAGGAUGUACCCACCAGUUGCAUGGGACUCAAAGCAUGCUAUUGCCGAUGACGUGUUGCCGGACGGCGUCGCAGUCCGAGCCGGAGAUAGGGUUACUUAUUUCCCCUAUGGUAUGGGGAGGAUGGAGAAUUUGUGGGGAAAGGACCGGUUCAAUUUCAAACCGGAGAGAUGGAUAUCUGAAAUGGAACAUGGAAGAAUAAAGGCAUUAAAGAAUGUGUGCCCUUACAAGUUUCCAGUGUUUCAAGCCGGUCCAAGAGUUUGUCUUGGUAAAGAAUUGGCUUUCAUUCAAAUGAAGUACAUUGUAGCUUCAUUAUUGAAGCCGUUCAAAUUCAGACCGGCUUCCUCUGACCGGCCAGUGUUUGUGCCACUUCUCACCGCGCACAUGGCUGGAGGCCUUAAAGUAUUUGUACAAAAAAGAUAA